CAUUGCUUUUGGUUCAAAAUCAAAAAUGAUAGGGGGGCACUACGUCACGUAGCGUACCGUAGUACCACAGCUAGUAGAAAACAUCAUCACGCACACAGACACGCGCAAGCGCGUCACGUCGUGUGUCUUGAAAUGAUACUGUGAAAGAUCCUGCUCGUCCUCGUGCCUCAAUCCUCUCUCGUUCUUUUUUGCCCAUAUUAAUAUAGCCCUUGCAGUAGAAGCUGUGUUUUUUUCCUAAACAAGAGUCCGGGACUACCAUCGAUCGGGCCAGCGGCACGGCUGAGGACCUGCGAGGCCGCACGUCUGCUGCAUCGAUCAUGAGCUUUGUUGCCACCAUGGCUGAAUCGUGGCCGACAGCAGCAAUACGGGGUUGAUCAAGCUGCGACAUGAAGAUGUUACAUCAACUUCUGUGAAGCUGAGGACGACGCGCAAGUGUAAGGACGACCAAUCAGGUCGUGGAACAAAAGCUCCCUGAAUAAACGGCAUCCAUUCGGCCACCAGUACUUCUAUCCAGAAGUGCAAAAAUGGAGCUGGCCAUCAGUGAGCAGCAGACCCGCGAGACGCGGCGCGAGCGGCAAAUGCGCAAAACUUUAUCUACUCGACGGAACGAACAGUACUUGACCAAUUUGGAGAAACGGAAUGAAGAAAAUCGAGAGCGGCUGGUCGACCGGGCGGAAGCAGACUUCUUCCCCGCGCACUUGCUGAAGGACGUUUCCCGCGUUGAAAGCGACGAGGAAGAAGACGACGCAGAAACCAGUGGCUCUUUCUAUCCCCCCGCAGCCGCGGACGACACAGACCUGAGUAGCUCUUGUACUGCAGGAGCGAACCACCAGGAAGAUUCGAACUCGUCUCGGCGCUCCGCCAGCUGCUCGAGCGCGGCGAAUGCAGCAGGGGGUCAGCAACAUCAAACAGCGUCCGCCUUGUCUACUUUCCGAACCCCAUUCACCAGGACCACAAGCAGUCAAAUACUAAAACCCGCGAUUAACCACAACUCGCUGGUGAUUAAGAGCCUGGCGGGCGUUGCGAAUCCGGAAGAGCUAUCAAAUGUAAAAAUGUCUGGGUCUGGAAGAGUCAUGCUGUUUUUGCAUGACACAGAAGGUCUGGCAUGGAAGCUCUUGCAUCACAGAUGUCGAGAAGCUUCCGCAAUGCCGAAUCCGCAUGACAAGUCCCCUAUUUUGCUGACAGAAAGUGGGGAGCUUUUGCUACAUAUGCAUGAGAGACUUUGCUGUGUUCUGAAAUACGCAUUACAAGUUGCAUUCUUCAGACCCAGACACUUUUGCAUUUGAUAAGAGCGGGAGCAGCGGGAACUGGAGUUGCGGGAGAUCUACCUGUAUUCUGUGCAAAAGUAUCGUACUCGUACAAAUGCAAGCCUUGCAUUACAAAUCUUGCUGCCAAGGCAAAUCUGCAUGACAAAUUUAAUUUCUCAUGCUGAGGAAAUUUGUAAUGCAUUUAUACGAGUACGAUACUUUUGCACAGCAUAACCUGCGAAAAGGCAUUCCCUUUCCGGACGACGAAGUCUUGCAUACGAACCUCGCAGGAGCUACCACAUCGAGCAGUUUGAUCAGCUAUCAAAUGCAAAUAUGUCUGGGUCUGGAAGAAUAGGACUUGUGAUGCUAACUCUCGAUCAUACAAAAAACUGUAUUGCAUGACCAGCAAAAGAUGCUCAGAUUUGUGCAACCCGGAUCGGGCAUUUCUCAUGCAGGAUAGGCAUGAGAAAGCCUUCGCGAGGGCUGUGAUGCUAGAGAAUGCAUCACAAGCAUCGUGGGUCAUGUACAAUUUGCAUGACAAACACCCAAAUCUUCCAGACCCAGACAUAUUUGCAAUGCAUAUCAGCGACCGGACGAGCAGCGAGGUGCAGCACUACACCAUGGAGGACGACUAUGGAACUGUCAGAAUCAAAAUUGACAAGGUCGAAAAAUCUGUGAUGCAUAAAAUCGAUACCAGUUGGAGCCUCAGUUUGUAAGUGGCGCAUGACAAAUUUCGGGAGCAACCAAAUCCAGUCUGUCAUGCUGUUUGGGCAAAGAAGACUGCUCCUGUCGUGCUACUCUGGCAGCACAUUGCAUAUCCCUAAACACACUGACAAUCAGUCUCAUUUUCCUGCUCCCCAAUACAGGCCUCCAGUGCCCUGCAUUUUAUGCAUGAGAAAUUCUUUCUGCGGUAGCUUCACGACCUGGUGGCCGAACCAUCUGCGGUGAGGUGCCCUUACAGGUUGUGUAGUGGUUUCGGUCGGUUUAGCAUGAGAAAUUCUUUCAACUUUGUCGAUUUCGAUCCUGACACAUCCAUAACGACGACGACGAUCUGGAGGACUGCUCGGCCGGCGCUGAACUAGUCGACGUCUCGCAGAGCGUAGUAGAGCAGGAUGAGGGUCGUGGCGGCUUGAGAACAAGUGGCGGCACCACUUCUACUGCGCCCGGGGCAGCUGCACCUCCUGCAGCUGAGCAACAAAAGACGACCGAGGGCUUGCUCCUUGCUGCGAAAAAAUUGAUAUCGGCGACGAGUGACAGCUGUACAAGCACCACGGAAAACGAUGAAGCGCAGGUUCCAACAACAACUUUUUGUUCUCAAACCAGCACUGGAAGUUCUUCUGGGAUUGUACCAGGAAAUUAUAGAGGCGCUACAACUACUUCUACGCCACCACCUGUGCACCAGCAGAACCGAGAUGGGCGUUCGGGAACGUCCUCAUCUAGCGAACAAACGACAACAACCUACGAAAGUUGUGUGGAGGGUGGAACUAUGGUAGCUCCAGCUGUACCACAUCCGCAAUCUACUUCUGACGCAGACUUCCUGCCAGCCCAGGAGCCGGCGAAAAUGCAAGCGCAGCGCCCGACAAAACUCCCGCCGUUUACUGCCGCCGUGACGCCGAAAACUGCGACCUCGACAGGGUCGUCUUCAAAACGCCGCGACCAACCUCCGCCGCGCUUUUACACCCCAUCCUCCGGCGGGGCCCCCGGAGCAGAUCGGGGGGACGAGUUGUACAGAGGAGGAGGCGUAGACGAGGACGAUGAAUUAUCGUGCCAACAGCAAAUACCGGUUCGGAAACAGUCCGACUUCGCCUCACCGGCAUCGAGCUACAAGACCACGCACAGCGGCGCCACCUCAGCCGCUGUGUCCCCGGUAAAAGUGCUAGCUGCAGUAGAGAUGAAAAUGAAUACAAACGAGAUCGGGAAGAACAAGCUUUUUGUACAACCUCCAGGAGCUGCCCCACCUCAUCUCUCGACGACGGGUGCUGGGGUAGUUGCUUGUGCUGGUGUAGACAACUCGAAUAAAGAGCUGCCCGACGACGUGGAGGUGGUCAAGACGCUGCCGAACAUCGAGGAGGACCCUUGGUGGAAAGCUUGAGUGGAGUCAGGAAAAGGUACGUCUACUUGCACAGGGCCGCGACUUGGUCGAUGAGUAAUUGUAAGUGAGUCAAUGUCUUCUAUCUGUCGCUCAUCAGCAGCACGGGGGGGUAGGUAGUUCAUUCGCCUGCGCGGGACCGCUCAGGCGACAGCUUUUUGGGCUACAAAUUGUCACAGGAAGUAUUGAGGGCGGAAUCUGAAAGAAUCAUCGUGCCUGAAAGUCAAAAUAAGUCAAAAUGCAGCUCAUGUACACGACAGCAAGAAGAACGUACUCGUACACAACUAACACCAUCAUACUAGCAUGGAUAAUUUGCAACUCACGCGCAUUCAAAACCGAUACCGAGAUUUUUUGUAGCAUUGACCUGAUACAGUUACAAAGCUUAUAAGCCGAAUCUCGCUGCCUGGAGUAGAUGAAGCCCCCAGUUUGUGCACUGGAAGAUAUUGGAAGUCUGAUCAUGCCAGCCCCUAUAAUCGCUUGCCAAGAUGGUGCAGUAUGCCGAUGUUCAGUUCAGUCCUUGUCCCAGUUGAUAUGCGAAAGAAAAGCAGACGGAGAGGUGCUGUUGAGCCAGCCCGAUUCAAAGAAC